CAAACGAGGGCAACGUCUCGGCAACAGAGCCAUCUCGGACCUUGAGGAGUCGAGGCCGCCGCCGAGUACUCCAUUUCCGCAUUUCGUAACAUCGCUCUGUUGUUGUUAUUGUUGUUGUUGUUAUUGUUAUUAUUGUUGCCGUUGUUGUUGCUACCUGUCAUUCUGUUGUCACACUUUGGCGCACGUUGCGCGCAGUUCCUGCUAACGGAUCUUCAGAUACGAGCGGCAACGCACGGGCUUUGUUGUUCAUGUAAUUGAAGGCGGCUCGGACAACUAAUAUUGAUACGAUGACGACGAGAGGAGCUAUAUGUCUGCUCCUGUCGAUUUCGACAUUAGGAGGGUCGCUGGGUAGCACGAGGUACUUCGUGAAAAUGCGAACGAACGCGUCCGACAUGUUCAAAACGAAGGUGGACAAUUUCAGAAUUCUUCAGGAUCCGAUAGCGAUCACGCCGAAUCCUCUGUACGAUAACUCUGCGGGGACUGAGCAUCAAGUCGACGACGGGAGGAUGACCAAAGAGAUAUCGAGCGAUCAGUACAAUCGAAGAAAUUCCUUCGUCGAAUCUUCGACCUUUAAUCCGGACGCGCUCAACAAGUUUCUCGAGGAAUACGCAAACAAAGUUAAGAGCACCACCGAGAGGAAUUUCAAGUAUCCCUUCAGAAUCGUGAAACCACCCGCGGAACCUCUCGUUCUUGAAAUCGACAGCGAGACCACGACCGUCCGUCAGGACGAGACAUUUGAUCAGAUCUCAAAUGCUACUUCGACGGAUGAUGCGUUAGGCGAGACGUUAAACGAUACCUUGAAGAGAAACAAAUAUUACGGUACAAACACUUAUGAAGACAGAAACGGCUGGGUGACGUUGGAAGCAAUUCCGUGGUCUAAGAGCAAAAUUUCUAAGUGGCAGGCCAAUCCCAGCACGCAACGACCUUGGCCAGAGAUAAAGCCAUGGGAUAAACCGAGCAUGAAACCAUGGGCCAGCGAUUUUACCAUCAGACCCACUUAUGAAAACAACAAACCGUGGUACGACAAGCCAAAACCCAAUUGGUCCGACAACGAGAAGCCGUGGCAGAAACCAAGUUCACGCCCUCCCUAUCGCCCUGAUGAGGCGUCUAAUCAGGCGCAGAAAUGGCCGCCGGAGAAACCGUGGAACAAGUACGAUCUUCAACGUCCCAGCAGUGAUAUCAUCACGGACGACAGACCGGCCAACUUCCCCAGCUCAUGGUCCAGACCGCAGUCUUCCUUGUAUCAGUUUAUCGAUAGAUAUUCGGAGAAGGACCAAUCGGGGGACGGAAGUAAUUGGCAUGAUUACCCGUCCAGAUACGAACAGGAUCGACCACGGCCCACUCUGAUCACCGAGAGACCGAAUUUCUCGCAUUAUCAGUACGUGAACAAUCAUCCACCGAGUCAUCCGGCGAGCGGUGACGGCCAGUGGGUUCUUCUAUCGACGAACCGGGGAUAUUCCAAGUCGAGACAGAGAUCAAUCAAGAUCGAUGCGAUAAACGCAGCGGAGCCGUUCAAAGAGAUCAAUUUGACGGAUCACGGAAAUAAGGAUAGACAAGAUGAAGAACCUCCAAUAGCCGUGAUGACAUCGAAACGCCAGGUCAGAUUGACGGUGUUGCCAUCGAUCAACGGCACGAACACGACGACGUCCCACGGAGGUCUUCUGGAAGUCGAGAAGACAUUCAAGAGCGUCGAGCAGAGCCGCAAGGAGUACGAGAUGGAGAAGUUGUCGGCCGCACCGAACAUCCCGAAUAUUCCGCAUAUCUCGAACAUCAUAAACAAAAGACCAAUCAGGCACACAACUCUGACAAGCGCGAAACCGUCGAGUUCGGCCGUUCUAGCAGCCGUCGGAGCAGGUAUGCUGCCGGCGACAAUGGCGAUGAUGAUACCGAUGAUGCUGGGUCGUCGAAAGAGAGAUCUGAGACUGAUGGAACGCACGCUGAACAACAAUCUCGAAGUCAAUCUGCCUAAGUUCACGAGGGAGUAUAAUGUUCAACUAAGGAGACCAGUAGGACCGUAGGAAUUAAGAUAGCAGAAUUCGUUCCGAGACUCAUUAGGAUGGCGAACGGCAGAGGGAACGUAGCGCACGAUACGUGCGAAUUACGUUAGUAGGACGCAAAGUCCAGAAACGGAAAUUUGUUUCGCGUCAACUACCCGUCUGUUCUGCGUCAUUAAAUUCAACGGACAAAACGGUACAUUAUAUGACAUGGCAGUACUAUUGGCACAUUUAUACUCCGUACUUUUAGACAAAACGUAUUUCCCAAGUCUAUCUAAAAUUAUUUAAUUGCCCAGGACGAAAAAGACGAAAUUUAAAUUUCAAUCACAUUGGGUCUUGAAGUCAAACGACUUACAUUCCGUAAACCAUUUUUCAAGACAUUGCGUUAUAUUAAUCAAUGAGACUAUAGCUAGCGUAUUAAUACUGAAUGUUCUUCUGAAUAAUCAAUACCCUCGUACAAACGAGUACAUAAGCACGAUCGGUUUAGAAACAACCACAUGUUGCUGUUCCAGUAGUCAAGUAAAGUUGAAGAAAAAAGAGAGAGAAAGUUAGAGGUAAAAAGUUCAUCAUAAUCGCGCCAAAAAAAAAUUUCCUUACCGCUUUGGAUUACCGCAUUUAAAUUGUCGUUGACAUAGCGUUUCGAUUGUGUAAAAGGAAACGUAAUACGUUCCGACUUUUAUCGCCAUCCACAUGACUACUUAUACUCUAUAUUUUACGCUUGACCGACCAUUGUCGACGAAUGUAAAUUUAUUCCGAUUCGUUCUGCGAUGUGACAAACACUUUAUACGUAAUUACGUAAUCGUUCAUAAAUUGUUGAAUUUGUUUGUUUAAAGCAGCUUUUUAUUUAGCAUUUCAAAGCAUUCUUUUAAGCUUUUUUUUCCAUGCGUUCCAACAUUGAAGCAUUUUAGAUUGUUCGGGUUUUUCUUUCACAGAUACAAUUCAAAGUAAUCGCGACAACUCUCCGCUUCAGAGAUCAAUGUUAUACGCAUUGACGCGAGAGAAACACAAGCGUUCACAUUCUCCAAUAUUUAUUUACAUAUCAGGGUAUUACAUAGAGAGUUUGCAUACUUAUCUAUUUAUUUAUUUAUUCGUUCAAUUCGUUUUAUUUAUUUAGUUAUAUAGUUAUACUUUACAGUAUAAGCUGCCCAAUAAUCGGCUCCACCAUAUGUCUUCGCUCGCCCUCCAGCGAGAGGGUAAGAGAGCAGCGUGCACAUGCCAAACAAUUGUAGAGAGAUUAAAAAGCGACUUUCAAUAAAGAUCCAAUCGAUCCUGUGUGUGGAA